GAUCGCGUUACAUUACAUAUAUAGUCAUCUUAGUAGAUCGCUUGAGACACACAAAGAAAGAAAGAAAGAAAGAAAGAAAAACAAUGUCGACUCUUACAAUUCCUCAGCCACUUCCUCCUGUGUCCGACGACUGCGAGCAGCUUCGAAAGGCCUUCUCAGGUUGGGGUACAAAUGAGGGGCUGAUCAUAUCCAUACUGGGUCACAGGAAUGCUGCUCAAAGAAAGCUGAUCCGACAGACAUAUGCUGAGACCUAUGGAGAAGAUCUCCUCAAGGCAUUGGACAAGGAGCUUUCUAAUGAUUUUGAGAGAGUUGUGAUGCUUUGGAUACUUGAUCCUCACGAACGUGAUGCAUUCUUAGCUAAUGAGGCAACAAAGAGAUGGACUUCAAACAAUCAAGUCCUAAUGGAGAUUGCAUGCACAAGGUCUUCAAAUGAGCUGCUUCAUAUUAGGCAAGCUUAUCAUGCUCGUUAUAAGAAGUCCCUUGAAGAGGAUGUUGCCCAUCACACAACUGGAGAUUUCCGCAAGCUUUUGUUUCCUCUCGUGUGUUCAUACCGAUACGAGGGAGAUGAGGUUAACUUGACCCUAGCAAAGACCGAGGCUAAAUUACUCCAUGAGAAGAUCUCAAACAAGGCUUACAGUGAUGAAGAUCUUAUCAGGAUUUUAGCCACUAGGAGCAAAGCACAGAUCAAUGCUACUCUUAAUCACUACAAAAAUGAAUUUGGCAAUGAUAUCAACAAGGACUUGAAAACAGACCCCAAGGAUGAAUUCCUCGCAUUGCUGAGGGCCACAGUGAAGUGCUUGACACGUUCAGAGAAAUACUUUGAGAAGCUCCUUCGUCUGGCUAUCAACAGAAGAGGAACAGAUGAAGGAGCUUUGACUCGAAUUAUCGCGACAAGAGCAGAGGUAGAUAUGAAGAUUAUAAAGGAUGUAUUCCAGCAAAGAAACACUGUCCCUCUGGACCGCGCCAUUGCCAAGGAUACCCAUGGAGACUAUGAGAAGAUGCUCCUGGCACUAGUGGGACACGAGGAGUGAGCUGCUGUUCUGUUUGAAUUGUCAUAUAUUUAUGAAGAUGCUUCCUGCCUCAUGUUGUUAUCCUCUCGUUAAUUUGUGUGUUUUAUGUUCAGACCUUGUGGCUUUGUUAUCUGGCCAUUAAAACGUCACUUAUCAUGGCUUAAUAAAAUAUACAACUAUGUUUGCUAUGUUUAAA